AACUGGAAGACGCGGUGCAGCUGCUGUCAGCUGACCCAGCUGCUUCCACCCUCAGUAUGUCCGUGUCCCACGCCCCCUCCAGCCCAGCUGGGGGGCCGGAUGUGAAGGUAGAUCUGUCGGAGGAUGAGCAAGCUCAGGAGGAGAGCGCAGAGCUCUUAGGAGGGCAGAAGCAGGGUGGGGGGUUCUGGACCUUUGAGUACUAUCAGUCCUUCUUCAAUGUGGACACCAUUCAGGUUCUUGAGAGAGUGAGAGGCUCUAUGAUGCCCUUUCCUGGAAGAAGUUUCCUCAAACACUACGUCAGGACCAGCCCAGACUUAUACGGUCCUUUCUGGAUCUGCGUGACUUUGGUCUUUUCCAUGGCCAUUAGUGGUAACCUUUCCACUUUCCUGAGUCAGACGGGGAACCCAGAGUACCACUACAGGCCUCAGUUCCACAGAGUCACCAUUGCUGCAGCCGUCAUCUUCAUUUACGCCUGGUUGGUGCCAGUUGCUCUGUGGGGCUUUCUAACCUGGAGGAGGAGGGCAGAGCGGCAGAUUGGGGUUUUUUCUUUCCUAGAGACUGUGUGUGUCUACGGCUACUCCCUCUUCAUUUACAUUCCUACAUCG